ACAAAGCAGCCAGCCACGCUCCGGCUCCUUCCUCCCACACCCCGUUGGCCUCCUCCUCCUCCUCCCUGUUUGCACGCUCCCUCCCUCUUUCACUCUCUUUCUUUCCCUUAACGCCACGCUGCAGAAAGGCAGACCUGGGGAACCGGAGGUUCACGGAGGCAGUGGAGGAGGAAGGAGCUCUCCAACGCUGUUUCUUUGCAAGUGAAACAGGGAGGCAGAGAGGCAAUGAAGGAGUGUCUUGGUUGCUGCCUGGAUUAAGAAAGACUACAUUUAAAAAAAAAAUCUGGACCAAACAAACGAGGAAAAAGGGAGGAGAGAAGGAGGAGGAGGUUGCUGGGGGGAGCCCACUCCAGUGGGUGAACAGCCGCUUUGUAUCGUGCCUCUGUUCCCAGGGAUUAAAGCAUGAAUGGGAGCAGUUUCCCAGCCACGAUGGAGAGAGAAGGCGGUUCAGGCUAUGGGAAUAAGGUUUCCUUCCAAAUGAGUCCCUGAGGUUCCUGCUGGCAGCUCCAGCAGUGUCCUGUAGAAGUGCCCUCCUGCUCCUGAUCUCAGCAGCUGAGGUUCCUCCAAACCUGCUUCUGCAAUGGGUAAUGAGGAGCUGUGGGUCCAGUCAGUCUUGGAGAUGCCGAAGAGACGAGACAUCCUGGCUAUCGUGCUGAUAGUUCUGCCCUGGACACUACUAAUCACCGUCUGGCACCAGAGCACCAUUGCUCCACUGCUUGCAGUGCACAAGGAUGAUGGUGGUGACUCCCGGCGUGAUCUCGCUGCAGGCUUGGACUCCAAGGAAUACUGCUUGUCGGACCGGGACAUUGUGGAGGUGGUGAGGACAGAAUAUGUUUAUACCCGCCCACCCCCGUGGUCAGACACCCUUCCCACCAUCCACGUCAUUACACCCACCUACAGCCGGCCCGUACAGAAGGCAGAGCUGACGCGCCUGGCCAACACCCUCCUGCAUGUUCCGAACCUGCACUGGAUCCUGGUGGAGGACUCACAGCGGCGCACGCCUCUCAUCACCCGGCUGCUGCGGGACACGGGGCUUAACUACACCCACCUCAACGUGGAGACGCCCCGCAACUACAAGCUGCGGGGAGACAUGAGGGAUCCCCGCAUUCCCCGGGGGACCAUGCAGAGGAACCUUGCCCUGAGAUGGCUGAGAGAGACCUUUAACAAAAAUAACAGCCAGCCUGGGAUUGUUUACUUUGCCGAUGAUGAUAACACCUACAGCCUGGAGCUCUUUGAGGAGAUGCGCAGCACCAGAAAGGUGUCAGUGUGGCCAGUAGCCUUCGUCGGUGGCUUGCGCUAUGAGUCACCCAAAGUGAACGCUGCAGGGAAGGUCUAUGGCUGGAAAACUGUGUUCGACCCCCAUCGCCCCUUUGCUAUAGACAUGGCGGGGUUUGCUGUGAACCUCAGGCUGAUCCUCCAGCGAUCUCAGGCUUACUUCAAACUGCGAGGAGUGAAGGGAGGGUACCAAGAGAGCAGCCUGCUCCGGGAACUAGUGACCUUGAACGACCUUGAGCCGAAAGCUGCCAAUUGCACCAAGAUUUUAGUCUGGCAUACGAGGACAGAAAAGCCUGUGCUGGUGAACGAGGGGAAGAAAGGAUUCACAGAUCCCAACGUGGAAAUCUGACUGUGCAAGGCUGAGCGGAGACCAGCACCUGAAGAUAUCUUCAUGCACAGCCUGCAAGGUUCCUCUCCACAGCAUACAACCAGCCAGACAUGCAGUAGCCAGGACCUCUGCUGACUUCCAAGAGUUUUAGCGUACUGAAAACAAGCAACACUGCAUACAUAAACUACCCGGAUUCCCCUGCCCUUCCUCCUGGACUCUGAGCAGAACCAGACGCUCUGGAGAUGGAGAAAAAGCACAGAAAAUACAGGACUGACACCAACUUCAGUACAAGACCAGCUGCUUCGCGAGAUGCUCGGUUUGGGAGAAGCGUAUGCAGGGCACGAUGCACUGAA